AUGAAGGGCCCCCUUCUUGGAAGCAUGUUCUCCCGGCAUGUCAAGCGGCACCCCGGACUCAUUCCCCUCAUUGGCUUCAUCAGUGUCGGCCUGGGCAGUGCUGUCCUGUAUUUGCUGAGGCUGGCCCUGUACAGCCCGGAUGUCAGCUGGGAUCGAAAAAAUAAUCCGGAACCCUGGAAUAAGCUGAGCCCCACGGACCAGUAUAAAUUUCUGGCAGUUUCCACUGACUACAAGAGUCUCAAGAAGGACCGACCCAGUUUCUGA